ACAGUGUAUACAUUAUAUAUAUUAUUAACAAAUGGGCAUGUUCACCACGCUUGUUUGUGAUUUUUUUUUCUAUAAAUGAUAUAAUCUAACACACGACAAUGGCGAAACUACAUAAUUACUAUGUACUGUGUCCGCUAAUUGAUCAAAACAGUUUCUUAGGAGUGGCACGAGACCGGGACGAUGAAAAUGUUAUUGUUACUUUAGGCCGCAAUGUCGUCAACAAAUAUCGACUUUCAGAUCAGAAACAAAUAGGGGGCUGGACAUCGAAGGAUCAUCUGACCUCAGCAGUAAUAUUUGACAAGGAACAAGAUGCGUAUGUUGGAGUAUUCAACAGGAAUACCAUUAAAACAUGGAAAGAUGACUCUUGCAGUCUGGAUAAGAGUAAAAAGUUUAAGUUCUCAGUUAACAUCAUGAAGCUUAUACCAAGAGAGGAUGAACCAUCAGUCAUAGUAUUUGAAAAUGGCAACUGUGCCUCUCUACCCUAUGCACUAGACAAUAGAAAAACAUAUGAAAAUAAACUACUUGUAAAAGACUCUGAAACUAUAGUAGAGAUAGCAUGUUAUAAGGUACAAAAAACAGACUACAUUUGCUAUGUUAUUAAAAGGAAUAAGAAUUUGUAUGAAAUAAUAACAUGCCCAAUAAGAGAAGAGCUAGGUGAUAUGGAGAUAUCAAAAAUAAAUAGGGUUAAAGUAGUUAGAGCCGAUUCUAAAGAAGCCCAUAUUGUUGGAAAAUUUAUUAGUGCAGAUGAGAAUCCUGCCAUUUAUUUUAUGUGGAGUGAUACUACAAUUACAGAAUAUGACUUAAUUAAAAAAACAUGGAAAACUAUUGGUACUGUACCAUGGAUAUCUACUAUUACAAGUGUAUCCAUUGCUUGGAUGGGCAAAGAUCACCUCAUCUUAUUUGGGAGCAAUACUGAUCAAGAUGGAGCCAUCAUUGUGGCCUACAACAUCAUUUUAGGUGUUGGGUCCUGCAGAUACCCAAUGAAAAUGUACUCUGAAAAUGCCAAGCUCUAUUGUUUUAAUGGUAGAAUCAUUCUUGAAGCAUCAAAUCAUAUUGGCAUGUUGCCAUACGUUUUAGAGAUCAAUAGAAAUCUAUCAAGUCUUCUAGGGUCCCAUGAAAUAAAACAAAAUAACCAUACAGAAAUUGCGAACUGGGACACACCAGUAGAUCCCUUAUUCAAUUAUCCCAAGGAGGUGAAAAGUCUACUAAAACUUGGAUUAACAGAGAGGAGUAUGUGUGCACAAGUCAUUGGAAAGUUGGUGGAGGAAGAUGAUAUUAAUAAUAUUAAUCAAGUUAUAAGAAAAUUUGUAGAUGUUCCAGAGUCUGUGUUGGUUAUCUUGCUUAAUUAUGCUAUAAAGAAUAUAAAUCCAGCUAGCAUUGAUAUUACAAAUCAUGAAGAAUUUGUGAAAUUUUGUAAAAAUGACAGUAAAAGUUUUACUUUACUUCAGUAUCUCUUUGAGAUUGUAUUCAGUGAUGCAAUGUUGAUACCAUAUUUAAGGAAUGGGCUAUCACUUGAUAGUGCAUUGUUUUUAUUGAAUUACAUAUCUUAUUUACUUGUUGAUUCAGAUAUAAAGAUUGAUUCACACUAUGAAAGUAAACUGUUUGAUUGGUGUACACUACUGAUGGACUCUUUUUACCAACAGUACUUGUUGACUAAAGAUGAGAAAGUCUCUGAUGUUUUAAAUAAUGUGCAAAAUGUUGUUGGAAACCUUAUAGAUCAGUUAACUGUAAUUGAUAGCACUUUACCCAUGUUACAUAAAAUUGUAUCAGGGACAUAUUCUGAUCCAAAUGAUAGAGAAACAUUGCCAUAUACAAUUGAGAUGAUAAAUAUAUAAUUUUUUCUUUAUGA